ACAGUUUGAAAUGUACCAUGGGGCAGGGAAAAGCACUGUCUUCGCUCGCCAGGCGCGCGUGGCGGCAUUUUAUCAACUUUACGAGCGUCAUCAGCUGAUGGAGUGAACGACUCCAGCUCGGAGUAUGUGCAGUGUAGUGUGCGAAUCUCUCUGGUAGAGUUUCUGAACGAACCGAGGCUUUUGAAAUAAUUAGCGAGCAAAGUUCUUGAUCUUGAUCAUGAGAUAAUCAGACAGUUGUCUGCGUUUAACAAUUUAACCAUCAAAUUUCGGGGAAGAUUUUGAAUAGAAAAGUUAACGGUGACUUUCAAAGAAAACGGAAGCAUCGUUAAAAAAAAAAUACCCCCUCUUGAAAAAUUUUUUAAUAGGUGACAGUGAUGUGAAAAUUAUUAAUUUAACUUUUUCUAUUUUAAACGAAAUUUGAAGCUCGAGUGCUUGCAGUACGAAGACUGUUUACUGGAGACUUGUAUUUGUCUGGCGGAUAGACAGAAUAAUGCAGACUGGAGGCUACCCAGACGCCGUGUCGCAGUACAUGCUGUGGCCUUAUAUGCAGUUUUUCCAUAACAAAGGUCACGAUUUUACUCUUCAUCCUGCAUUUUUGAACACGGCCAUGCCUGCCUACCCCACCUACUGCCGCAACAUCGUCGGCGGCCACUCCAGCAACCUGGCGCUCUGUGUCAACAACAACAACAACCACCACCUCCACCACAACAACAACGACACUGAGUGUCCGAGUCACGACAUCCACCACCAUCCACUCCACCACAGCCACCCUCACAACCAUCACGGGUUGUCGCCCAGAAAAGGUCGUCGUUCACGAUAGACGCAAUACUUCACGGAGAUCGGGAGAAGAAGGAAGAGGUAAAAGAUUUCUCUCCAUCUUCCAGCCUGGCUACUCCACCUCCCCACCCCGCGCAGAUGCAGCAGACGACACCUGAGAGCUACCUGGCUAUUCGUCGACAUCAAAGACUCCUGGGAUCAGCUCACCCUUACUACGAAAAAUCUGCGACAGCAGCUGGUGGACUCAAGUCGUCUGCGAAAGGUUGCUCUGAGCGGAAGUCGUCAGGGAAAGGCAAGCGAGUCCGCACCAUCUUCACACCUGAGCAACUGGAGCGUCUGGAGGCGGAGUUUGAAAGACAGCAGUACAUGGUGGGCACAGAAAGGUAUUACCUGGCGGCCUCCUUGAGUCUGACAGAGGCCCAGGUGAAGGUGUGGUUCCAGAAUCGCCGCAUCAAGUGGCGCAAACAGACUCUGGAGCAGCAUCAGGCGCGACUGGCCUCCAUGUACUCCAGCGCUGGGGCCAGCGACAGCGACGACGACGAAGAGGAUAGCGCGGAGGAAAAGGACGACGAGGGAUUAUUGCAGCUCCGGACCCAGAGUUCCGCGUGUCCUGGCCCACACGACCCAGGCUCGAGGAAGCCAACGGCGAGGAUUUUGUUAACAGCUAGGUCACAGAAGUGAACACUGCCGGGCUGAGCGUUCACAGCUAGCGUACGUAGAGAGAACAUGGCUGGUCACAGCUAGGUCACGGCACUGGAGUGAGCGUUCAUAGCUAGCUCACACGGCUGGCGUGACUGUUCACAGGUAGGUCAAGUAGAGUGAACACAAGACCGAGAUGCCUGCUCAAAGAGAAUGAAUGGCAGAUCAGAUUGACUGUUCACAGAUAGGCCACUUAGAGGUGAACAAGCUGUUGUGACAUUAUUCACAGCUGAGCUACAUCAAGUGCGCUGUGCUCGUAUAGAGACGGGGGAUAGCUUUUGUAGUCAAAGCUGCCGGGUAUGUAACAGACAUGUGCUGUUUGUCAACAAGUAUGUUCUGGAACUGCACGGUCAGGUUUCUGGAACUGGCAAGUCUCUGUGACCAGGUUUCGUGCCAUGUUUGUCUCAUGCUACAAUCUCCUCGCUCGCUAGGUUCUGUCAAUUCGCAAACUAGUGUCCUCGCCGGGGGGUAUGAAUACAGUGUGGGGGUAAGACAACCGAAUGUCACGAGGGGAGAGACCAAACCACCCCUCCAAGCACCAUGACUGUCAUGUGUAAAGCACUUGUCGAUGCGGUCAGUGGGAGGCCACGCAGACACCGGCUCAAAACUGCUAUCAAAUACUUUUUAUUACUUUUUAAAUACUGUUUUUACAUUGUUCUCUUCUUCGUUCACAUGUACUUAAGUUCACAGCAGCGAAGAGAACAUCGAUGGCCAUGUACAUGUGGCCAAGCAGUCGUGGCAUGUACAUCUGAUUGUGUGUUGUCAUUCACCAUAAGAUGCAGAUGUUGAAUACCACUCUCUCUUGACUGCACGAGCGAACGUGACAUGAUGCUCGUGAAACAAAGUCACGUGCAAGUUCAGAAAUACGGAAAACUCGCUGGGCGCUGAACGUAGACCUGUCUUUGGUGUGCAUGCUGUGGUUAGAAUAAUUAUGAAUCAGUUGUUGUGUAGCGGUAACAGUGGCUAAAUGUUGUUUUAUAUACAUAUAAUACGCUGGAGGCUAGCCAGGUGUUAUGUAACUAGAGUCUAGGCAGGUUGCUGCUUGUUAAUCGAGUGUUUGCAUCGACUAUAGGCCUCACAGCCCAGAUCUUAGAAAGAGUGAAGGAGAGCAGGAAUGUGUGAGUGUGAGAGAGAGAGAGAGCGAAUGAAAGCAAGAAAACAAGAAAGAAUGCUAUAAGAACUUGUUACAGUAUUGGAGUGUUUUGAUGCUUAACAGUAAAAGUGUUAACCAAAGUAAAAAGAAACGCUUUGCAAUUCAAUGAAUUUUGUUGCUUUCUUCCCACGUGUGUGUAUGUUUAUGUACUACAAUACAUAUAUAUAUAUGCGUGUUUUGUACAUGCGCUCGUGUAUGUGUGUGUGGUGUUGGGUGCACUCGCACGUUACUAUAUAGAACGCGCCAAGUAGACCACGCACGCGCACACCGUCGAUCGUCCGAUCCGUCUAUUUACUCUUCACAAAGAAACCACGCCUGAGCGACUAUAAGUUCACCCUUGCGCCAGGUAUUUAGGGGUACCUCGAGGCUUCUCCGUGCAAACAAAUGAUACCAUUACUGAGACCACUGUCACCUACUUGCCACCACUCUAAACCCUCUUUCUUCACUCUCUCUCUCUGGACUGAAGAAUGCCCUUAGGAGAGAUGUCUCGUAGCUGAAAGUUAAUCAGCCACUCAGAGAAUUCUUUGUCCCAAAAAGGCGAGUUUACAGGAGGAGAACGCGCUGUUGGGAAGCUUGCUAAAUGAAGUGGUCAGUCCCUGACAAUGAAACCAACGGCCUUCACCCAGCGGCCACAUGAA